AUGGAGCGACUAUCACUUAACGAGACGGCUGGCAAUACGCAGCAACAGCAGCAGUCACAAUCGCAACAACAACAACAUCAACAGCAGCAGCAACAACAGAGACCUGGACAGCAAAAUGCCCUUGGCUCUGCGGUGCCUCAAGCUCAAUCCGGCCCGCCACAGCUCCCCCCGCAAAUGUUCACGACUGCCGCCCAGUUACUCGAUUUGACUGAUAAGAAGCUUGUUCUGGUUCUGCGUGACGGGAGAAAAUUAAUCGGUGUGCUACGGAGCUGGGAUCAAUUCGCAAAUCUCGUUCUUCAGGAUACCAUUGAGAGGAUCUAUGCUGGCAAUCUAUACGCGGAUGUACCCCGCGGGAUUUUCCUCGUGCGAGGUGAGAACGUGCUGCUGUUGGGUGAAGUGGACCUCGACCGUGAAGACGACAUCCCUUCCUCCGUGACCAAGGCGCCAUUCGAGGAAGUCUUCGAAUUAAAGAAGAAGGAAGACAGCCAGCGCAAGACAACCGAUAAGAAACGACACGGCGAGUUGCAGGCACUUGGCUUCGAGCCUGAGCAUAGUGGGGAGAUCUUGUUCUAA